GCAGCCGGAAGGGGCGGAGCUGAGGCGGUGGCGGCCGAGGAGGCAGCGGUGGCGGCGACGGCGGCGGCUCCGGAGGCCGCAGUCCCGGACGUGGCUUCGGGCCCAGCCCCACCAUGGUGACGCUCGCGGAGCUGCUGGUGCUCGUGGCCGCGCUGCUGGCCACGGCCUCGGGCUACUUCGUCAGCAUCGACGCGCACGCCGAGGAGUGCUUCUUCGAGCGGGUCACCUCGGGCACCAAGAUGGGCCUCAUCUUCGAGGUGGCGGAGGGCGGCUUCCUGGACAUCGACGUGGAGAUCACAGGGCCCGACAACAAAGGAAUAUAUAAAGGAGACCGGGAGUCCAGCGGGAAGUACACGUUUGCUGCUCACAUGGACGGAACAUACAAGUUUUGCUUUAGCAACAGGAUGUCCACCAUGACUCCGAAGAUAGUGAUGUUCACCAUUGAUAUUGGGGAGGCCCCCAAAGGGCAGGACAUGGAAACAGAAGGCGGUGGAGACACCUGGGAUGCUCACCAGAACAAGCUGGAAGAGAUGAUCAACGAGCUGGCAGUGGCCAUGACAGCUGUGAAGCACGAGCAGGAGUACAUGGAAGUGCGGGAGAGGAUACACAGAGCAAUCAACGACAACACAAACAGCAGAGUGGUCCUCUGGUCCUUCUUUGAAGCGCUUGUUUUAGUUGCCAUGACAUUGGGACAGAUCUACUACCUGAAGAGAUUUUUCGAAGUCCGGAGGGUUGUUUAAAAAGCCUUUUUUUCCUGAUGAUCCGAAACUCAUAAUUCACUGUUUACCGAACAUCUUGGUCAUAAUAAUGUCAUUUAGUUCAUACGUUUUUAUUUUCUGAAUUGUACAUUCACAGCCUAGGUUUCUUUGUGAUUAAUAGCUAUUGGGAAAGUGAUAGUGAGAAUUUGACAUUUGAUUGGCACAAUUUAUUUGAAUUCUGCCUCAUUCUACAGGCCCUUCCAGAGCUUGAACACUGUAAAUGAAAUGUAGGCAUGUAGUCCUCCAUACGUCUUCUUUAGUUUCCAAACUAAAAUGCAGUUUGUUCAGGACAGCACUUCACUAAAAUGACUGCAAUCUUUUGGCCCCUUAUCUUGCAGUUCAAGUCAUUAAAGAUUCAUUUUGUUUAGUUCUUAUGAGAAACAACAGUCUGAAUUGGCAUUUUCUACCUACCUAAUGGCAGAGCGCUGUGCUACCAGGUUGGUCCUUUUACACUAGAUAAUCUCCCCCCCCCCCCCUUUUCACUUUGAUCUUCAGGACUUCACCUUUACACAUUGAUGACACAGCAGCUAAUUAUCCUGUUUUGAUUUCUGCCUAACCUUGUAAGAAGUCUCUACUAGAGCCAGCUCUCUGGGUGUUUCAGCUGAGGGUAGCCCUUGUACUUUCUGUGCUGGCGCACACUCCACUCUUGGCGUGUGGGAGCUCUGCAUCCACGGAAUUGGGGAAACCUGGGUUUCUCGCGCACAUGGGUAAGCCUCUGGGUUUCGUUGCAGUGAGUGAGUGAGUGAGACAGCCACUGUUUAGUUCUGAUCAGCGGCGUUUGGCCACUUGUUAAUGAGGGCACUGACAGCACUGUCAGCGCCAGGGUUUCUGGUUUUGUUUUUUGGGGUCUUUUUUGGCACAUGUGGAUUUUAUUUGUAUAAAACAAGAUGACUUCCUCUUGGUCUCUGAUGAUGUGUUUAAAAUUGAAGGAGCAUCAGGUUUGGUGUGGGGAUGAUCCAAGAUUAUGUUGUAAACUGAUGUAUUUUAGUUACUUGUACGUUUUUUUUGAUCUUUGCAAAGGUAAAACUACAAGUAACGAGUUUUAUAUAAUUAAUUUAAAUUUGUUACAGGUUUUCAUGUUCAGGAUAAACACUUUUUCAACCUUGGGUGACGAUACUUGCAGCAGCUUAAGGUGACUGUUCCACCUUAGGACACUGUUGCAUGCCAGUUUCUCUGCGUGUGUGAGAAAACACUUCAAAAUGGAAUUAAAAUAUGUAAAUUUAAAAUUGGUUGUGUAUCGAAUCUGGCCCAGGUUCAGUAAAUAAACAAUUCUUUUUAAAAACA